AAGCAACAGAAGCAACAAGAACAACAAGAUCCACCAAGUAGUGCUGAAUCCAAGACUGCUGAAGAUUUGUCAGGUUUGGGUACCGUUCUGGAAGAUCUUGUCGAAGAGGAGGAGGAAGAAGAAGAGGAAGAGGUUGCUAGCCCUGAUGCCAUCGAAACUGGAGUCCCUGCCACGGACACUUCCUCUACUGAAGCGCCUACUACUGCUGCUGCGGAAGUCAAUGACAAAAACGAAGGUCUAUCCAAAAUGGAAAUUCAACGCAAGCUGAUAAUCAAGGAACUGAGGGAAGUCUUUGGCAAGUUGAUGAUGAUGGGGGAACAUGUUGUAGAAUCGAUAUCACUACGGGAUCCGACCAAGGAAGAAUUGAACAAGAGUAAACGAAAGAGUCUUGCUACUGUGGAGGAUAGCCACAAGAAAAUUGUCAUGAAAGAUCUUGCCAUUCGAGUGUCUGGAAUUUAUCGAAACGAUCAUCAUGUUGUUGAAGCCAUGUCACCAGAUGGUAGCAAAGUGGCAGUGCAAGUCCAACCUGAUAUUGCACAAGCCGCAACGUUGGCAACGAUGGCAUUAACAGAGGCACUGGAAAAUGUCGACGAUGAAGGAAAGGAAGAAGAAAUUGGCCAAACAGACAUGGAGGAAACUCCAACUUUGUCACUUCAACAGCAACAACAAGAACAGCAAUCAAAGGACUCAUUGCCCCCUACCCUGACUACUUUGAAGCCGUUACUCAUGAAGGAUCUUCCAAGGGCAAAUUUCAGUUUUACUUCAGCUGCCAAGAACAUGUCUCAUGACAAUCACGGUUCAGAUGAUGACAUUUCCGUCUUAUCCAAAGUCACGAUGCCCAGUAUCUACGUUGGAAUGAGCAAGAGACAUGCAUCAUCAGUUCCACUUUGUUUGAAUCCCAACACAGGAGCCAUCACCACACAAUUUCAUAUUGUAUUUGACCCUACCUUCUCAACCGCGGCAACAAAUGUUGAUGACCUACCUGAUUUUGGUUCGGAAGCCUGGUCCAAACUCUUUGGAGACUCCGUCUACCAAUAUGUUCUGGAUGAUCCCGAGGACCCCUUGCGUCCACCUGAUCCCACCAACAAUCCUCCUCCACCUUUAACACCUACCAAGCCACAAGUCGAUUCCUCUGGAGCUACCAUACCUUCGAUCCAGAGGGAGACAGUCAUCGAGAAUCCGCCAGCUGUUUCCCCUGUUCAGCCGCCUCCUUCUCAGAGGGAGAAUGUGACCCCUUUUCCUACUACCCCUACGAAUCAGCCGAAGCCUUCACCUCCGCCGCAGCCAACUCCUCCACCGGUUCGCACACCGCAGCCAACAGCACCACCUUGCAAACCUGCACCUCAGCCAUCAGCCACACGCACCUCUUGCAGAUCCAACAAAGCCCAAACUCCUAAACUCUUUGGGUAUGAUGGACAUGGGCCUGCAGGAUACACCGCACCCCUAAAAUCGCAAAGUCCAGAGACCAACAACUUCUACACUUACUUUUCAGCAUACUUCAAUCAUUCAAACAUUGAACUGGAACACUCCCAUGACUGCAGCUUCAUUCCAAGCUCGUACAAAGCAAGAGCGACCAAGGACCCAGAUGUUUUCACUUACAAUCAAGCGGUCAACGGUCCCAACAGCAAAAAGUGGUGUGAAGCUGCAAGGAAAGAAAUUGAAGAACUUGAAGGAAAAUUCACCUGGAUUGAAGCAUGUGCUUAUCCAUCAGUGCAGCUUCGUAGUGUUGGGUGCAAUUACAACAUAGGUAUUGCUUCAGACAGGGCUCACACAUUUGGUGACAAAAGCGGACUCAUGGGUUUCUCCUAUAAGUACACUGACAUCCCAUACAUGUGUUUCAAUGCGGCAAAAAGUUGGCAACUUGGAUGGUACACUUCCAAAGCUGAUUCCAUUACUCCUUCUUCAAGUAGCGCCACGUACUCCAUAAAACGUGCGGGUAUUGUUGAGUACGAUACCACAGCGAACAAGGUUCUAAUUCAAAUUCGGCAGACUUCCAGUACGACAUUUUACAACAUCAAUUACAAUCAUGCAACAGGACUCAGUGAAGGGACCCAGGAAGGAGCCAACAGAGUUUUGGUCGUAUCGAAAGAUGAAGCUGUUGAUAGCAACGCAUCCAUGGCACAAGCGAAUCUAUCUUCUGGAAAUUCAUUCGCUAUAAGCAAUUUCAAUGGCAAAAGCGGAGAGACUCUGACCAUUUCGUUUACUUUGUUGGAGAACAAUGAAGCCAACGUGGACAUUGUGUUGACAGGAUUUCAAGAAACUAGUCCAACGGCAAGUAUCACCCCAAGUCCGGCCCCAAGCAAGGCUCCAAACAAGAUUCUAAGCAGGGCUCCGAGUCCCAGCAAGGCUCCAAGCAAGACUCCAACCAGGGCUCCAAGUAAUGCUCCAAUUAAUGCUCCAAGUAGCAUGCUUCCAAGUCAUGUUCCAAGCAUCCAGCCUUCUGCAAAGAUCGUUGCCUCUGACAGUAUCCAACCAUCCUCAACUGCAAGUGCCAGUGAAAAAACAUCAAGCAGCAGGGCGCUUUUGACUCCAGCAUCGGGAAACACGUCACUUUCACCAUCAAGUUCACCGAGUCUUGGCUCAAGCAAGACUCCAAGCAUCCUUCGAAGGAAAGCUCCAAGUACCGUUCCAAGUACCGUUCCCAGCGACCGGCCUUCCACAAAGAUUUUUACUUCUGUCAGUAUUCAGCCAUCAUCCGAUCCAAGUGCAAGCGUCAUGCCAAGCCAUA